AUGCCCUCACACCCCGGUCCCCCUGCUUCAUCCACUGGAUGCUCUGCACCUUUUCACAACGAGGGUCCCUACAUGCCUGGAACCCCGGCCAGUGUGCUCAACCCUUUGCCUUCUGGAGAUUCUAUCAGCUCUGGUACCCAGAGGCUUAGGUCUCAGGCGGUUACUGGUACCUCCACAAAGAGGACAGCAGCUUCUGGGUAA